AUGGCGUCUAUUCUUCUCUAUACACUGAAUCAAUGUUUUGGGGUGACCUUGCUGUUCGUGGGAGGCCAGGUUUCUUUUUUCUUUACAUCACCCGUUUCCCUGAAGUUGUUUACCCAUGAAACAAUCGACUGCCAGCCAGGAACACGACCACGGGAAAAAAUUGAUUUUCUUUUUCCUCUUCUCUCUCUCUCCCUCUAUCUUUUUCUCUCCUUUUUUUUCUUCUCUCACUCUCUCUCUCCCACUUUUUCUUUUCCUCUCUCUCUCUCCCUUUUUUCUUUUUCUCUUUUCUCUCUCUCCCCUUUUUUCUUUUCCCUCUCUCCACUUUUUCUUUUUCUCUUUUCCCUCUCUCCACUUUUUCUUUUUCUCUUUUCUCUCUCUCCCCUUUUUUCUUUUUCUCAUCUUUCUCUCUCCCCUUUUUCUUUUUCUCAUCUUUCUCUCUCCCCAUUUUCUUUUUCUCAUCUUUCUCUCUCCCCUUUUUCUUUUUCUCAUCUUUCUCUCUCCCCUUUUCUUUUUCUCUUCCGUCUCUCUCUCCCCUUUUCUUUUUCUCUUCCGUCUCUCUCUCCCCUUUUUCUUUUUCUCUUCUUUCUCUCACUGCUUUUCCUUUUUUCUCUUCUCUCUCCUUUUUCUUUUCUCUCACACUCUUUUCUUUACAGAUAA